AUGUUCUACCAACUGUUCCUCACGGUCGUUGCAUUCAUCGUCCUCUCAGUGGUUACCGCCAUUCCUUCACCACUCGCCCAUAUUCAUCAUCAUCGACAGGAGAAUCCUGAUAACAUCGUAAAGUUAGAGAGCGCAGACAACUACUGUAUGAUCAUGCCAAAAAAUCCACACGCCAAUAUUGGCGAUAGCGAAUCUCCUGGAGGAAUGAUGACCUACUGCUCCGCGACCGCCAGAUGGGACGAUUCGCAAGGGACGAUCCCUGGCGGGUUCUGGAAAAUCUCAGAUUAUCAGUCAGGCAGCAGCCCCGACACGGGUGCACGAUUCGCUCAACUGACCGGUUGUAUCGACUCAGGGAUGGUGGACCGUUUAAACCCUGACGAUCUGGGAGGACAAUACGACUCGAGUGGCGGAAAGAAGGGUGAAGGUAAUCCGGCGAACAGUGUUUGUCUGGGGUACAAGCACUACAUUGAACUUAUCGAGCCUGAAAGCGGUAGAGCUUGUCUCAAAUGCUGUGACGAUCCCGACGAUUGUCCUUUAAAAAGGGAUACCUCUGGAUGUCCCGUCGUCAUUCCAGGCAACUAUUUCGAUUGCGUUUGA